UGGCUGACGAAGUAUACCGAAUGGAAGGUGAGAUAGGUGAAAAUACAGAUUUCAAGCCCGAAGAAUGGAAAGCAUUAUCAUUAACCUACGUUGAAUAUCCUAAAGAUGAUUUUAUUGGCUUUGUCUUGGCCUGGUUUAGUAUGCUGCCAUUUAUAUUGAUUGUGAGCUUCAUCACCUUGAUAGUUUUGAGGAGAGACUUACACACAGCAGCUUUUUUUGCUGGGUUGGUAAUAAGUGAAGGUAUUAAUUUUAUAGUGAAGCACAUUAUCCGUGAGCCCAGACCUUUACGAGGUCGGGCAAAUCUACACACAGAGUAUGGUAUGCCUUCCAGCCAUUCCCAGUUUAUUUGGUUUUUCUCAUCAUACUUUACCAUAUUUCUCAUAUUCAGGUUGUACAGAAACCAUUCUAUCGUAGAUGAUUUAUGGAAGUAUGUGUGUGCUGGGUUAAGUGUUGUAUGUGCAAUUUUGGUCUCUUGGAGCAGAAUUUAUUUAAGCUACCACACAAUAAGUCAAGUUCUAUUAGGAGCUGUAAUAGGGAUUGUGUUAGGCUCCUUGUGGUUUGCAAAUGUGCACUUUUUACUUUCUCCAUUCUUUCCAUUGCUAGCUGGCUGUCCUGUGGGUGAAUUUUUUAUGUUGCGUGAUUCGACAUUAAUUCCUCAUGUAUUAUGGUUUGAAUACACAUGCUCAAGAUCUGAGGCCAGAAGCCGUCAGAGAAAAAUGUCCUCGAGAAAAUCCCAAUGAUGGUACGCCUCCUGGAGGUGAUUACAUGAAGGAAACAAUGCUAAGUGGAACAUCUUCAACAAACAUUGCCUGUGAUAUUUACGCCAUUUAGGGCCAGUGUAAUCAACUUCUUGAGCUGCUGGGGUAUGGCAGCAUCUGUGUAUGUGACAGCACAUGUUUAUGUGUAUAUCAAGUUUAUAUAUACAUAUCUUUGAAAGCCUGCAUAUACAAGUCUGGUAUAGCUUAUGUUUAUCUGUCAAUUUUAGAAAAUUAUUAUGUAGUAUAUUUGAUUAACUGUUGAUGAAAUGUUUUUUAACUUUAAUUUUACGUUGAUUAUACUUAAGCAAAAAGAGUGAAUGACUGAAAAUGAGCUGUAGCUAGAAUUAUAGAGCCUACAAAAAUGUGUAUGUUAAGCUGAUUUGGUCACUGAUUUAUUCAUAAUUGUAUUAGGGAUCACAUAGUGUAACUUUUGUCAAUAAUUUGGUUUUAAAAUAGCUGUGAGUGAAAGCUGAUCCAAAACUUUUUUUGGCUAAAUCUAAAAUCAUUUAUGCAACUUUGUUUUAGCAAUAAUUUUGUUGUAUGACUUGUAUUCUAAAUAUGGAGGGUAAAGCAUAUAGUCUAAGGCAACAAUGUUCCAAUAUUGCUAUUAACUUUUGUCUAUGUACUAUUGCAUUACCAACAGCAAUUUUUUAAUAUCAACUUUAAUUUUAUUCACUUUUAACACUAAUGAUUAUUAAAUAUGUUUGUUCAGUGUUGUAUGUGAAAUAAUUUAAGCUUAUGUAACAUUUGUUACACUUUGAGUUUUUUAGGUUGAAAAAUGUAACAUUCUUUUAAAAAAAAAUAUUCAUGCUUGAUAUAUAUUUUGUUGGGCCAGCGCUCCACAUAAGUCUCUACACCACAUAGGUCACCACACCCCAUUGGUCGCCACACCACAUAAGUUGCUACACCCCAUAGGUUGCUACACCACAUGGGCCACCACAUCACAUAGGUCACUACACCACAUGGGCCACUACAGGGCAGUCUUAUAUCCACUUUAGGCUCCAUGACAGGCCACAUUAGAUUCAGUUUUAAGCAAAUAUGUCAAUGAGUUUAUAUUUUAUGGACAGAAUGUUGUAAAACUUAAAUAUUUUACAAGUUCUACUGUUUUCUCAAAUUUUGAGAGAAUGUAAUACAUCUCCUGUGUAACAUUUACACCUGUCUUCCUUAGUGCCACUCAUUGUUUAGAGCAGUUUGAAUUGUCCUAGUUGUGUAUUGUGACAAUGCAUGUAAGCUGUUUAUUUACUGCAUUUAUAAUUGUGUACAUGGAACACGUAUCAAUUUAAGUCUUUAAAUUCAUUUGAUAAGCUACAAAACACAAAGUAAGUUCAUCAGUUAGAACUUUCAUGGGUAGUGAUAGGUCUAGAUACUGGCCUAUAGCUGGGUCAGCAAGGUUUAAUUAUAAUACAUCAACAUGGUCUAUAAGCAAGUGACAGCUAGUGGGGACAUGACAUGUGGUUAACUGACAUGAGUGGAUGGGACAUGUCCUGACAUGAGUGGGUGGGACAUGUCAUGAUAUGUGGUUAACUGACAUGAGUGGGUGGGACAUGUCAUGUGGUUCAAGUGAGAUCCACCUACUGGGUAUUGUGGUGACUACUUGUUUAAACCGGCCUGCUGUCAAUUUGCCUGACUGGCUGUAAAUGACAUGUGACAUCAUAUACCGCCAUGACGUGGCACUGCAUGACAAACAGAUUACAUCAAACCUAACUGGUUACAAUUAUGACAGAACUUGUAAAAACAAAAAUGAAAACUUUUCUCAAUUGUGUUGUGUCCCGCCAUGUGCAAUAAUUAAACGUGAAAAUAUCUGUUUACCUCAGCUUGGGAGAGGAUUUUAAAACAUUUUUUGAAGUCCACUAGUACAAGAUUGUCUUUUUUAAAAAGUGCUAUAGUUGUGUGGCUUUAUGGCACACCUAACCUUGAUAAAUCAUAUCCUUCAAUUUUUUUGUGUGUGUUUGAAAAUAGAUUGUUUAAAUGUCCUUUAUUUGAAAUCCAUUUAUUGGAAGAUAGACCUAGAAGCCAGAGACAAGAAAAGAUUGUAUUCCUUCAUCAUCCUGUACUGUAAUUGAAACACUUGAUUUUCAGGUUAUUUUUAAGUUGGUUGAAAAAUGUUUAAUAUCUUUAAAAAAUUAUUGUGUAUUAGAAGCAAAAAAAAUAGCUUUUACCAUUUAACAAAUUUUGGUUUCAACUAUAGUAUCAGAUUAUUUACAAUUUGUAGCUUUAAUGCAAAUGUGUACACCAGUAUUUAUUUUAGCCGAGGACUCAUAUUUUUCAAAGGUUUUGUAGUGGCAAUAAAUAUUGUUUGACAAAUGGUCAGCUACACCAGUCUGAGUGAAUAUUAAUUUGAACAGCUAGAGGUCAGUAGGCUAUUGUGUCACAUUCCUGCUUGAAUACACUGGCUGUAUACAGGUCUUGUCCAGCAUUUGCAUAUAAAUAUAUAAGUAAGGUAGACAGAAUUAAAAGAAUAUUCCAGUCAAUUUUUCUUUUGCAAUUUUGUUUUCAAAUUUGUUGUUAUUGUGAUAACUUUACGUUUUCAGUUGUUGUAGUUUCCAAGCAGUUGUCGUAAGCUACACACAUGUAAAAGCAGACUUGUAUUCAGCAUCUUAAUUUAAUCACAUAGCUUUUCCUUUUUUUUACGCUGGUUGUAAAAUGUUUACAUCUUCAGGUACUCUCCUAUGUGGGAAUAACUUUUAAUGUUUACAUUUCCAUUUUAUGAAUUAUUUUAUCUUGGUAUAAAAUGCAGAUCAGAACUUUCCACAAAUUUUAUUAUAUUAAUACCUGAUUUCAUAGGGUUCUAACUCUGAUGGCAUUUAAGACCGUGGUAGCAAUAAAAUAGAGUAUUUAUCACUUAUCCAUUUUAAUAGAAAUUUAUUUACAAUUUAAAGUCUUUCUAUGCUAAGUUUUUGCUUUGGUAGUGUAACUGUGGUACAUACCUGUGUGAAAUAAUGUAACUGUUUAGUAUAGCUGUAGAGUGUUCCACCUUGCGUAACUGUCUGUUGGGGUAAUGGAACUUGCGAGUCUGUUUAGUCAUAAUGUGAAUGCACUCUUCAUUAAAGCCCAGUUCAGAGUUGUCAGUGUAAAUAAUGAAGCAUUGAGCUUAAUUUUCCAGUGUAUUAUGAUUUAUUCAGAACAUUAUAAUCAACAGUAAAUCUUAAAUAAAUUAAUGCAAUGUUUCAACACCAGGUCUUCAUCAGAGCUAAUUAAUUUAUUGUGUCUUUAAAGUUUUUGUAAACAUAACAUCACCUACUGUCCACUUAUUGUUCAAGCAAGUACUAGCUAGACCCUGGUUUAUAGAAUAUAAAAAAUGUGUGCCAAUGUUGUAUGAUUUGAGUAGCCUCCACCAGAAAGUGUUCAGCCCUAUCCUAUUUGUGAUUGUCGUGUGAGAAAGUUCUGAUUGCAGCCAUAAUGAUCUCAAUUUUCUCCCUUUAUUCUAAUUGUUGUUUCCACUCUACCUAUUUAUUUUAUUGCAGUGUUGAAAAUGCCAAAAAAUGAAGCCUGUUUUAGAACCAAAACUAUGCAUAUUAUAAACAGGCAUAAUAAUAUAGUUUAGAUUUAGGUUGGAGUGAAACAAUAUGCAGUUAGACCGAUAUAAUCCAAAUGACGGUUUGACAUUUGAAUAUAUUUUUCAGUAUGGCAUUACCAUACUCCAGAUGGUCUCUCCUUAAAGCAUGACUUCACUUGAAUAAUUCAAGUAAUGCUAAAUGAAUACAUAACCAUGUUUAAGAAUCUCAUAACUAGAUUACCAGUGUCAUAUUUUUGUGUUGUGCUAAAUCAUUAAAAAGAUAAACUGUGAAUAGAUUUGAUUGUUUAAUCUGUACCACCAUGCUCAUUGUUAACCAUAGCUGGAAAAUACUACUAUAAUACUUGUCCUUUAGUAGAUCAUUUUCUACUGGAAAAAAAAUAAUUAAUAAUUGUAGAAUUAUAAACAUUGGGGUUUCUGUUUUCAUUUAUUUAAGUAUUUCAUUGAAAUUUCUAUUUGUAAUAGUCUGAGUUAAGUUGAGACAUGAGCUGCAGACUACUAAAAAAAAAACUUAAUAGGUGGCCAGUCAAAAUUAUGUUGGCCAGUUACAUUCUCUCUUGGAUGGCCAGUCAAAUCUAUGUUGGCCAGUUACAUUCUCUCUUGGGUGGCCAGUCAAAUCUAUGUUGGCUAGUUACUUCUCUAUUAGGUGGCCAGUCAAAACUAUGUUGGCCAGUUACAUUCUCUCUUGGAUGGCCAGUCAAAUCUAUGUUGGCCAGUUACUUCUCUAUUAGGUGGCAAGUCACACCUCAGUUUGGUGGCCAGUCAAAUCUAUGUUGGCCAUAUACUUCUCUAUGUGUGGCCAGUCACAUAGCUGUUUAAAAGCUCAUGACAAUUCUCCGUCUUUAAGGUCUUUCACCCUAAAAUUACUAAAUUAUGUAACUUUCAUCACUAUUUAGCAUAAUAAUGAUUUGAUAAUUUUAAGUCCAAAACAAAAUUAUUUAGCAAAUCACAUUGUUUCUUAUCAAAGCUCAUGGUAACUUGUUUGUGUUCUAUCCUAUUAUUGCCCAGUUCACAAAUAACUAUUUUUAAAAAAUCAUGUUUUAUCAUGGUAUGCUGUAUAAUUGUCUGUAUUAUAAUUGUUGUUUGUUACGUUAUUGUCCUGUUUAAAUGAGACACUAUUUGUCCUUUGAUUUAAGUUUUCACUUUUACCAAGUUAACUCUUGGUAAUGCUUUUUAAAAAAUGUAACAACUUUUUUGUGAAUAUUGUAAGUUGUUAGAGGUUAUUGGGAAAAAAUGUUUUGAUAAAGUAGUCUAAAUGGAUCCAUUAGUUAUUGAACUUAAUUAAAACUGAAAACAUAAAAAUAAUUUCAUUUUAAUCAACUGUAGAUCAAUGGUUGGUUGUCAGUUUGUAGAAUAAUAACUUUGUAUGUUAACUCAACCUUCAUCAUUGUACAAGUGAAUAACGGUAUGUUAACUCACCCUAAAUCCUCAUACACGUGAAUAAUUUUGUAUGUUAACUCACCCUAAAUCAUUGUACAAGUGAAUAACUGUUGUUAACUCACCCUUUUCAUCAUAGUACAAGUGAAUAACUGUUAACUCACCCUAAAUCAUGGUGUCUUCUCACAACUAUUUCUCAUCCGUCUGGUCCCCCACCUCACUAUGGUGACUGUUGUACUGAAGGUUGUUUCACUUUGUCCGUCACAC